AUGGAUUUAAGUGCGUCGGAAGAAGUUCAAGUUAGUCAUCUUAAUUCUAUUCUUCGAAAAGUGAAUUCCAAGGAAGAAAAUUUUAACGAAACAUUUGUCAAAUCACCAGAAUACCUUAAGCUCUUAUCACAAUUUGGUAGUAGUAACUCUCGUAAGAUCACUUCAUUAUCAUUAUUAAUAUUAACAAAAUUAUUAGAAAAUAAUCAAUCAAGAGAAUUAAAGGAAAUCACAACGAAACAAAUAGUAAAAUGGAUAAGCGAAUCAACAAAGCAACAAGAAAAAUUAAAUGGUAUUAAAGCGUUAUCAGCGAUAUUUAAUAUCGGGAGAAAUGAUAUAGGAAAUUGUUGUUUAAAUAAAGAUGAUGAUGAAGGAGGAACCUUAAAAGAUUUAAUGGAAUUUAUUGAAUAUGAUAAAGAAGUGGUGCAAGAAUCAAUUGUAGAAAUGUUAUCAAUAGCAUGUUCACAAAAACAAUCGGCUAUUACAUUAACAAAAUUAAUGCUGGAUGAUAAAAUGGUUUUACCUGGUGAAGAGAAUCAAGAAAAGAACGAAAAGAUUGUUGGUGAAGGAGAUGAUGAAAAUGAAUUGGCAGGAUUAUUUCAAAAUUUGGUAUUAGAUACAGGAUCAGAUGUUGACGUUAGGACCAAUGCUAUUGAAGGAUUGGCUUACGCUAGUUUAAAACCUACGGUUAAAGAAAUGAUUGCAUAUCAUCCUACUUUACUAAAAGAAAUUUUUAAGCUCGUUAAAGAACAUGAAAAAUCAAAUAAUAAUUUAUUAUAUGGAGUGGCCGUGAUAUUAUCAAACAUCACAUCAUAUAAGAGGAAGUUAAGUAUAAAUGAUCAACAUUUAUUAAAAUUACAGAAAAUGGCUGAUGGUGGAGUUAGGAAAGGUGAAAAACUUGAAGAACUUGAAACAAAUCCUUUGGAUGAGGAUGAAUACGUUGAGAAUCGAAUCAAACAGAUAAUGAAAUUAGGAGUUAUUCAAUCUUUAAUUUUAUUAUCAAGAAAUCAAAGUCAAAUCAUACGUCAAUUAGUUUCAAAGAAUUUUUUGAACCUAGCGACGGAUCAGAUGAAUCGUGGUAAGAUCGUACAACAAGGAGGGGUUAAAACUUUAAUCCCUUUGGCCACUAAAGAUGGUAAUACAAAAGAAGGAAUGAAUUUCUCCACUCAAGCUUUAGCUAAAAUUGCUAUUACGAUGGAUCCAAAUUUGGCAUUUAGAGGUGAACGAUCUUCGGAUCUUGUUCGUCCUUUGCUCAAUUUAUGUCAAGGAGAUGAUGAAUUAAGUCAAUUCGAAUCGUUGAUGGCGUUAACUAAUUUAGGUAGUGUGGAUAAUGAUAUUAGGAUGCGAAUUUAUGAUUCAAAGGGAAUUCCAAUCAUUGAGAAUUUACAAUUUUCAGAAAAUACCUUGGUACGUAGAGCGGCAACAGAGUGUUUAUGUAAUAUGAUGUUUUGUGAACCCGUAUUUGAAUUGUAUAGUAAUGUUAAUAAAAUUACUAUUCUGGUUGCUUUAUCUGAUGUUGAUGAUUUUGAAACGAGAAGAGCUGCUUCGGGUGCUCUGGCCAUUCUCUCAACCGAUCCUAAUGUUUGUAAAAUGAUUUUGGAUCGACCAAAUGGAAUUCAAAUCCUUAAAGAUUUAUUUAAUGAAAACUCUCCUGAAAUUCAACAUAGGGCUAUUGAAUGUUUUAAAAAUAUUGUCAGUUCGGAUAAAGACAAGGCGGAAUUAUUGGUUAAAGCUGAAGUGCACAAACGUAUGUUAGAAUUGGUUAAAGAAAGUAAGGUGGAAUCGGUGGUAGUCACGUGCGCGGAAACAUUAAAAAUUCUCGCCAACUACGAUUUAUUAAAAAUUUAA